AUGACAGCCCAGUUUCGUUUGUCCCAUCCCAGCAAAGUCGCCACAUGUUCAAAAGCCAAAAGAAACAUCUCUGGGUCAUCAGAAGGCCCCAUCUUCGUCAGCACCUCCUUGGAAUUAGCAGUGUUUGACACUCUCCUUCCCUCAGGUUCAAGUCUCACAUUAGAAUGUCCGCCAAUUUCUUCACUUGUUUCCUUUUCAGACUUCUGUCCACUUACCCUGGACCACAACACAGCACACAGACGCCUGGAACUCUCUGAAGGGUCCAAGAAGGUGACAUGUGAAGGGACGAAGAUGUCAUUUCCCGAUCAUCCUGACAGAUUUGACUACUGGCCUCAAGUUCUUUGCAGCGAAGCUCUCAGUGGGACUCGCUGGUACUGGGAGGUCGAGUGGAGUGGAGAUGAGGCAGAGGUUGGAGUCGCAUAUAAAGGAAUUGGAAGAAAGGGAGAAAGUAAUGAGUGUCUUCUUGGAGGCAAUAGCCAGUCCUGGUGUUUGUACUACUGCGAUUCCAGUUACUCGGUGUGGCACAAUAACAAGCUGACUCAAAUCAAUGCUCCCUGUAGUCACAGAAUAGGUGUGUACGUGGACUGGCCUGCUGGCUCUCUGUCAUUUUAUAGUGUCUCCGACACAAUGACCCUCCUGCACAGGAUCAACACUUCCUUCGCUGAACCAUUGUAUGCAGGGUUUUGGGUGGACGAUGGCUCCAGUGUAACAAUCUGCAAUUUGAACACCUUGGAUUAGUGACCAGUGGCAUCUACAGAUCACUUCAUGUCUUCUUGUGUAAAAGUAAAGAGGACAAAUCAAUGGACCUCGCUGGAGUUAAUUUGUCAGUUCAUUCCUGGCAUGUCUGUAUCCAGCAGGGGGCACUAGCUUCCUUGUUGGAAUGAGUUCUUUUGUAAUUGUGGCGUGUUACAUAACCCAAAACUAUACAGAUAUGAUAUUAAAAG